GACGCAGCCUGGGGAAGGAAAGAGAGGUAGUGCGGUGUGAGGGUCAGCAGAGAGGAACAGAGAGAGCGAGAGGAGAGAGAAUGAGAGAGAGGGAGGCGUGUGUGGAUCUUAUGGUGGUCAUGGGCCAUGAGUGUAAUGGCUGAUGUUUAUACAAAUCCAGACAAACAUGUGGUCCUUCACAACAAUGUUAAAAUGCCUAUUCUUGGUUUAGGCACAUCACACAAUGGUGGAUAUAGUCAUUCAGCUGUUGUGUAUGCACUGAAAGAUUGUGGGUAUAGACAUAUUGAUACAGCCAAACGGUAUGGUUGUGAAGCUUACAUUGCUAAAGCUGUUAAGGUAAUGGUUGUUUUGGUUAUGAAAUAUAUCAUGCUACUAUGGACCAUUGCUACUCGAAAUGCCUUCAAUGGUUCCUGCGAAAGACUGGGGUCAGAUUACAUAGAUCUUUAUCUUCUGCAUUGGCCUGAUGUUCCUUCAAGUGUUAGUGACAGAAACCGCCUCCUGCAGGAGACAUGGCGAACAUUAGAGGUGUUGCUGGAUGAGGAACGUGUGAGAGCCAUUGGGGUCAGCAACUUCCUUGAACGUCACCUUGAUGUGAUUCUUGAGGAAUGUUCUGUGGUUCCUCAUAUCAACCAGUGUGAGUUCCAUCCAUUCAAUAACCCCAAGCAAUUGCGAGAAUAUUGUGAUGAAAGGAAGAUACAAUUUGAGGGUUAUUCCCCUCUAGCAAAAGGUUAUGCUCUUGUCGACUCUACAGUGAAAGCUAUUGCUAAACUUCAUAGACGGAGCCCAUCACAGGUCCUACUAAGGUGGUCUCUGCAGAGUAGGGUUCCUGCUAUACCAAAAUCAACCAAAGUGCAGCGGGUGAUGGAAAAUGCCCAGGGUUACUGUCCGCUAGGUAACGGACAAAUUCUCACGGACCCAAAAAUUAAAGAAAUUGCAGAGAGGCAUAACAGAUCCCCAGCUCAGGUUCUCAUUCGUUGGAAUCUCCACAAUAGAGUAGUGUGCAUCCCGAAAUCAACCAGGGAGCACAGGGUCAAAGAAAACUCAGAGAUAUUUGACUUUGCUCUCACCGACGAGGACAGUGCAAUCCUGGACAACAUGGCUCAGAAACUGACAAUCAUGGAACGCAGUACAAUACAACACAAAAUUGAUAAUCCUCUACCUGAUGGGUACAAGCUGAAGAUGGUUAAAAUACCUGCUGAGCCAUAAACAUCAGUAUUAUGGAAUCCUAAAAAGGUUAUUUUUUAUGCAGUAUCCUCAUUUGUCCUCAUAAAAGAGUAACUCAUAUUCUAACUUACAUAAAAUAAUUCAAUAAAGGAAGAUAUUGUGUACUUCCAGAUACUUCCUGAAGCAUCAGCCAAUUGAACCAAAAUCAAGACAUAAAUGUUCUAGUUUAUAUAUUUUUUCAUGCAGUACCAUAACCCAUUUGACUAUUCCGCAAUCUAUAUUUGUCAAACCCAUACAAAAAUAUUCAGGCUUUGGUAGUCUUGGUACUUUGAGCCAAUUCUACCAUGCAGCUAUGUUCUUGCUUACUGAAUAAUACAUGAAUGACUGUCUGCUUGAGUGAUUGUAAUGGAAAGUCUGAUGGUCUAUGUGUAGGUGUAGAUGUGGGUGCAGGUGCAUGUGAUCACACGGGCAUAUCUGCCUAUUCUGGGACAUUUUAACAACAAAGGAUCUUUGAUAAUUUUAAUAUAUUUUGCUUUAUUUGUACAUUAGGAUAUUUAAGAUAUUCUGUAAUAAUGUUUCCAUUAUAUUUAUUUUUUUCCUCAAAUGUUGUGAUAGCUAAAUUAAUAUGCCUCAUCAGGUUUUUAUUGAUAAUUUAGUUACACUUUAAGCCGAAGACAAAAGUAUGGAGUGAAAUAAUGAAAUAAAAAUAAGUGUUUGUCAUCUUUCUGGAAGGAUGCUUUAGACAAAAGGAAGAACUCCUUACAUUUUAGUAUGUUUUUUGUGAUGAUGUUUGUAUAAAGUUUUCUUUAUUAUGCCAGCUAAUGGUUUUAGACAUUAGAUGAUUAUUGUAAUAAUCUUAAUGGUUAGAAAUGUGGAAAGUAGCAAGCAUUAUUUUAUUGACUGACUUUUUUAUAAUAAAAUAUUUAUCAGUAUUCA